UUAGCGUGAGGGAGGAGAAGUGACGAGCUCGUGUUCCAUACUGGUUUAAAAACAACAAGUUACUCAUCUUUAAAAAAAUAAUAGAAAUAGAUAAUAUAAGAAAGGAAGAAGAAAUAUCCGAAAGCGAUUUCUCUCUAUGAUUACGAGGUGCACCUAAUAUGACAGCGUGUCUUGAUCAGGAAUAAUGUCGCAGAGCAGCGUUCACAGCAGCAGCAACAUCGACGAAGAGUGGUGCUCUAAUGACGAGCUGAGCGACGAGUACGAGAUCGACGAGUCCUCGGUGGACGACGAGCACCCCUCCUCCACCUCGGGCCCGCGGGUCAAGAAGCACGUCAACAAGGGGCGCUGGACCAAGGACGAGGACGAGAAGCUCAAAGGGCUGGUGGAGCAGCACGGCGAGAAGUGGGAGGUGAUCGCCGCUGGCUUCCCCGACAGGAACGACGUCCAGUGCCAGCAGCGGUGGCACAAGGUCGUCAAUCCAGAGCUGGUGAAGGGACCCUGGACCAAAGAG